AUGGUGUGGUGCAGUGCCUGCACGGCAGAUGUAGAGCCCGACACAGAGGCCGGCAAUGGAUUCUCGUGCUGCCCCCACUGCGGGCGCGUGCUGGAGGACACGGCCUUCUCCGCCGACGUCACCUUCCAAAAGGAUGCGGGCGGGGAGAGCACGGUGCUGGGCCAGUUCGUGAGCGAGACCGGGCAGGCCAGGGGCAUCGGCCGCAUCCAUGGCGGCCGCGUGUACACCAGCCAGACCGAUUCCCACGAACGCGCGCAGCAGAAGGGCAGGCACCAGAUCGCGCAGCUGGUGGAGGCCCUGAAGAUAAGGCCGCGGGAGGAGAGCGUGGAGUCCGCGCACCGCCUGUACCGGCUGGCCCUGCAGCGCGGCUUCACGCGUGGGCGGCGGACCAACCAGGUGGCCGCCACGUGCCUUUACCUGCUCUGCCGCCAGGACGCCAAGCCCUUUCUCCUCAUCGACUUCAGCGACAGGCUGCAGAUCAAUGUCUUCACGCUGGGCUCGGUGUUCCUGCAGCUGGCCCGACUGCUGCGCAUGGAGGACCACCCCAUGUUCUGCAAGCCCAUAGACCCGUCCCUCUUCAUCGACCGGUACACAAAUCUGCUGGGACUGGAGCAGGAGGUGUCCAAGGCCAUCGCUCACACCGCCGUCCGCCUCGUGGCGUCCAUGAAGCGCGACUGGAUCCAGACGGGGCGCCGCCCCUCCGGCAUCUGCGGCGCCGCGCUGUUCAUUGCCACCCACAUCCAUGGCGUGCCCCGGACCAAGCAGGAGGUGAUUCGGGUGGUGAACGUGGGCGAGGCGACGCUGUCCCGCCGGCUGCAGGAGUUCAGCGCCACCGACACGGGGGGCCUGACGCUGGAGGGGCUGGAGGAACGGCACGAGCAGCUGGUGUCCUCCCAGGACCAGGCGCUGGCGCUGCCGCCCCCGGCGACGCAGGGCGCGCGUAUGAUCACCGGGCCCAGCGGCGGCGGCGGCUGCGAGCACAUCAAGGUCGGGCACCCGCCGUUUGCGCACGGCAUGUGCGCGACCUGCUAUGUUGACUUUCUCAAGCGGACGGGGGGCCUGCACGGCGGGGCCAACCCGCCCGCCUUUGCCAAGGCUCGCGAGCGGGAGCAGCAGGCCGCCAUCCUGGCCCUGGAGGCCCCGCCUCCGGCCCCCGAGGAGGAGGGGGAGGAAACCGAGGAGCAGGCCGCGCUGGCGGCAGACAUGGCCCAGGCCCUGCGGGCGGCCGAGCUGCGGCCCUUCAGGCGCCUCCUGGAUGGCGGCGACGGAGACGAGGACGAGGACGGGGAGGCAGGGAUGGGCGGCGACGAGGAGGCAGGCGCGGAGGAGCGCAGUGCCCGGGAGGUCGUCCUCGACGGUGCCGGCACCCCUGGUGCUCAAGGCGACCGGGUGACACGGAGUCGGGGCCUGGCCACGGCCGGGCUCGCGACAGCAGCCACUCCAUCGCCCUCGGCCGGCCAGGGCGCCAAAGCAGCGCAGCGCGGGUCGGUGCCCGACCCCGCCGCCCCUCAGCUGGGGGGGGCACUGUCGCCAGGCCCAGGCUCGGCCCCCUCGAGCAGCACGGCCGGCGCCCAGCCGACCGAGGGAGCCGCCCCGCAGACCUCGCCGGCGUCCGCUCAGUCGAAACGGCCCCGCGCCGUCUUCCAGCGCUGGAAGCCGAGGAAGGCGACAGCUGCGUCCAGGGAGAGGGGGGGAAGGCAGGCAGCCGGCGAUGGGGAGUCGGGGAUGAAUCCAGACCCAGCCUCGAACGCAGAGCAGAGCGCUGAUGGAGCGUCAGGCGGGACUGCGUCUCUGCCCGGCAGAGUCGACGCUGGCGGGGACCCGGCCAGUGGCAGAGCAGUUCAGCCUUUGUCAAGCUGCGUCGACCAGACAACCGUGAGUGGCGCGGAGCUCAUGCUGUUGCCCCCUGGGGCCGGCGACGCGGCGGCCAGGGCAGACGGGGACCAGGACGGCGCCCUAUCUGACAUCCCCGACGACGACAUCGACAUGUACAUUGCAGACAGCACCGAGGUGGCGUUCAAGGAGGAGAUCUGGAACAUGAUGAACCGCGACUGGCUGGAGCGUCAGGCGGCCAAGGCGGCGGUGGCGGCAGCCACGGAGAAGGCGGCCGCCGAGCAGCGCGCCGCACAGGAGGCCGCCGAGGCGGCAGGCGUCGCGUACAAGCGCAGUCGGGGGCGGCCCCUCGGCUCCAAGAGCAAAACCCGGGCCGAGUCGGCGCUGCCGCCCGCCGAGACGCCGCAGGAGGCGGCGAUGCGCAUGUUGGACAACCGCAAGCUUUCCAGCAAGAUCAACUACAACGUGCUCGCUGACCUCUUCGACGACGCGCCCAGCCCUGCGUCAGCCGUGGGACCGGGGGCCGGCGGCCCAGAGGAGCCCAGGCAGCCUGGUGCCGAGGCGGCCGUCGCCGCCAAGCUCAGCGCCUCCCAGGACCGGCAGAGCGCCGCGCUGAGCGCAGAGCUGCGGGCCAGCCGGACUGCAGGCAAUCCCCUGGGUGGGCUUGGCUCGCUGCAGACCGGGUCCCUGGGCUCCCUCCGACCCAGCGGGCUCAACACCUCCCUCUCCCGCUCGCGGCUGAGCGGCGGCGUGGCGACCCGGGCGCGCCCCUCCGGCCUGUCCAGCCCCAAGGGCGACGCGCGGCGCGUGCGCUUUGCCCCCAGCUAG